UAGUCAAAUGGUGUGGUGCUGUAUGGCAUUUGCAGCCUUUUGCCUGGGCCUGUUGGAUGUCUUCUUCUGAGAUGCAAUGUGAGGUUUUGGGACAAUGCUCUUGACUUGUGGCCUUGGAAUAAGAGGGGGAGGUGAGGAUCCAGCUUCGUUUCAGCCUGAUGGAGCCUCCUGGGUCUGGUUCUUUGUGCUGUUCCGGACUUUCUCUCCCCUGUCACCUCCUUUGAUGGCCUCCAGCUUCCCCACUCUCUGCUAUCAAGAUAUGAAAAUCUCCACAGUCAGCUCUGUUCCUCUUCCUCUUUGCAGAGGCCAGGCCUCACUGUCUUGGUGUCUGCUCCCUAGACAGUUGUGUGCUGAGAGGUUCUUCCCCACCGGCUCCCUCCCACUCCCCUCAUCAGGGAGUGGCAGGUCCUUGGGCCUCAGAGUUAAGGGAGCCACAGACCUCGCUCUGAUUGCCUGUUACUAGCCUGCUUUCCUCCUUCCUGUCUGUGUCAUAACUUAGUCCCAUAAGCCACUCAGACUCAGAGCAGCAAGCCCUCCUCAGGCACCGGAAAUCACUCUGGUACCUAGAAUUAUGCCACUUAGAGCUGAGAGGGCCUUAGAGACCACUUAGCUCAAUCCCUUUAUCUCACAGAUGAGAACAUUGUGAGGCCAGAGAAUGUCCCAAGAUGGCCUAGUAUGUUCAUCUCCCCUGUAGUUGCACUUCUCCUUGCCAGACGGCAGCGGAGAUCUGUCUCACCUUCAUCCUUGUCUGUCUGGUCCACAAAACCACUUCUCUCUUUAAAUCAACCUUAAAGAAACUGUCGUCAUAGGUAGAUGGGAAACUCCUCUUCCAGAGCUGCUUCCAGCGAGGGUGGCUUGUCGAAAAGUGUGCAGUAUUAAUCCAUUCCAGGAGUGUUAUGCUGGGGACUGUGAGGAGCCCCUGCCCAGACACGUACAUGGACAAAGAGAAGCAGCACAGCAUGCCGAGAUGCCGCGGCAGUUUCCCAAGCUGAACAUCUCUGAAGUGGAUGAGCAAGUCCGGCUCCUGGCGGAGAAGGUGUUUGCUAAAGUGCUCCGAGAAGAGGACAGCAAAGAUGCACUGUCCCUGUUCACUGUCCCAGAGGACUGCCCCAUCGGGCAAAAGGAAGCCAAGGAGAGGGAGCUGCAGAAGGAGCUGGCGGAGCAGAAGUCUGUGGAGACCGCAAAAAGAAAGAAAAGUUUCAAGAUGAUUCGGUCCCAGUCCCUGUCUCUGCAAAUGCCGACACAGCAAGAUUGGAAGGGCCCCCCGGCAGCCAGUCCGGCCAUGUCUCCCACAACCCCUGUGGUCACUGGAGCCACUUCCCAGCCCACGCCAGCACCCUAUGCCAUGCCUGAGUUCCAGCGGGUCACCAUCAGCGGAGAUUACUGUGCCGGGAUCACUUUGGAGGACUACGAGCAGGCAGCCAAGAGCCUGGCCAAGGCCCUAAUGAUCCGGGAGAAAUAUGCAAGGCUCGCCUACCACCGCUUCCCGCGGAUCACAUCCCAGUACCUGGGUCAUCCGCAGGCAGAUACUACACCUCCGAAAGAGGGCCUUCCAGACUUCCACCCUCCUCCACUGCCCCAGGAAGACCCCUACUGCCUGGACGAUGCACCCCCCAACCUGGAUUACUUGGUCCACAUGCAGGGGGGCAUUCUCUUCGUGUAUGAUAACAAGAAGAUGCUGGAGCGCCAGGAACCGCACAGCCUGCCCUACCCUGACCUGGAGACGUACACGGUGGACAUGAGCCACAUUCUGGCUCUCAUCACUGAUGGCCCCACGAAAACCUAUUGUCACCGACGACUGAACUUUCUGGAAUCCAAGUUCAGCCUUCAUGAGAUGUUAAACGAAAUGUCUGAGUUCAAAGAGCUGAAGAGUAACCCCCACCGGGACUUCUAUAACGUGAGAAAGGUGGACACGCACAUCCAUGCGGCUGCCUGCAUGAACCAAAAGCAUCUGCUGCGCUUCAUCAAGCACACGUACCAGACGGAGCCUGACAGGACUGUGGCGGAGAAGCGGGGCCAGAAGAUCACCCUGCGGCAGGUGUUUGACAGCCUGCACAUGGACCCCUAUGACCUCACUGUGGACUCGCUGGAUGUCCACGCGGGCCGGCAGACAUUCCACCGCUUUGACAAGUUCAACUCCAAAUACAACCCUGUGGGGGCCAGUGAGCUGCGUGACCUGUAUUUGAAAACUGAAAACUAUCUGGGAGGAGAGUACUUUGCUCGGAUGGUCAAGGAGGUUGCCCGGGAGCUGGAGGAGAGCAAGUACCAGUACUCAGAGCCACGGCUCUCCAUCUACGGCCGCAGUCCCGAGGAGUGGCCCAACCUGGCCCGCUGGUUCAUCCAGCACAAGGUCUACUCUCCCAACAUGCGCUGGAUCAUCCAGGUGCCCCGGAUCUAUGACAUAUUUAGGUCAAAGAAGCUGCUGCCAAACUUUGGGAAGAUGCUGGAGAACAUCUUCCUGCCCCUUUUCGAGGCUACAAUCAACCCCCAAGAUCAUCGAGAGCUUCACCUCUUCCUUAAAUACGUGACCGGGUUCGACAGCGUGGAUGAUGAGUCCAAGCACAGCGACCACAUGUUUUCUGACAAGAGUCCGAGCCCAGACGUCUGGACCAGUGAGCAGAACCCACCCUACAGCUACUACCUGUACUACAUGUAUGCCAACAUCAUGGUGCUCAACAACCUCCGCAGGGAGCGCGGCCUGAGCACGUUCCUGUUCCGGCCGCACUGUGGGGAGGCCGGCUCCAUCACCCACCUGGUGUCUGCCUUCCUCACUGCUGACAACAUUUCCCAUGGGCUGCUCCUUAAGAAGAGUCCGGUAUUGCAGUAUCUCUACUACCUUGCUCAGAUCCCCAUUGCUAUGUCUCCUCUUAGCAAUAACAGUUUGUUCCUCGAAUAUUCCAAGAACCCUCUGAGGGAAUUCCUGCACAAGGGGCUGCACGUUUCUCUUUCCACCGAUGACCCUAUGCAGUUCCACUACACAAAGGAAGCACUUAUGGAAGAAUAUGCCAUUGCAGCUCAAGUGUGGAAGCUGAGCACCUGCGACCUGUGUGAGAUUGCCAGGAACAGCGUGCUGCAGAGCGGCCUCUCGCAUCAGGAAAAGCAAAAGUUUCUGGGACAAAAUUAUUAUAAAGAAGGACCUGAAGGAAAUGAUAUUCGAAAGACAAAUGUGGCUCAGAUCCGGAUGGCAUUCCGAUACGAGACCUUAUGCAAUGAGCUCAGCUUCCUGUCUGAUGCUAUGAAAUCAGAAGAGAUCACUGCCUUGACCAAAUAGGUCCAGCAUUUGACAUGCAUUUGAACUUUUUGGUUCAAUUUCAAGUCUGCUGUGGCUAAUAGUGGUCAAGAUUCUAAACUAGAACUUUCCUCUGUUAAGAGGAUGCCUCUGAAGAAAUUUUAAACUGGUGAUUUUGGUUGCACUGCUCACUUUAAGAUUUAACAUGAUCACUUGUAUUUCUGAGUAACAAGAUGGUGACUUCUCCUUGGGGAUCUGGGAGCUGAGCACUUGUCUAUACUUGUUCCUAAUUUUCCAAUUAUUUCUCUUGAAACUGCCAGUGCCUGAACUGUUGGGGCCAGGAUUUUCCAUGGUCAGAUGCCAAGUAACAUGAGGUCUGUGUGGUUUUCUGCCAUACUUUUCUCCAUUGGCCCAAGUAGGCUUAUUGGUAGUUGUUCAUUUCAGCCUCUGGCUGGCUGGCUGCCUUAAACACAAUCAAUUUCAAAGCUCCAUUUCAUAAAGGGGCUACUUUGAGGGAGUUAAGAUGGAAGACUUCCUUCUUGA